AGACGAGAAAAUCAAAGCAACAUAGCAAACAUGAGUAUCGGAGACGAAGUCAUUCCAACUGUGGACAUCAGCGCCUGGCUGUCCUCUACUGCGUCCCCAGAGUCCAAAAACAAAGUAGUCGAGGAGGUCAGAAGCGCUUGUAACAAGUAUGGCUUCUUCAACCUUGUGGGCCAUGGAAUUCCAGCUGAAGCCCGAGAGAAAAUCUUCGGCUGCACUAAAAAAUUCUUCGACCUUCCUCUAGAAGAGAAGAUGAAAAUCUCUGUCGACAAAUCACUGGGCAAGUCGUUUAGAGGUUAUGAGCCUUCCUUGAUCCAAACACAUCAGGACGGCUUACUGCCAGACACCAAAGAGUGUUUUAUUACUGGUGCUGAAAUUCCAGCCGAUCAUCCGGAUGCUGGAAAGUUUUCCACAGGACCGAAUCUUUGGCCUGAGGGACUAUCAGACAAGGAAUUCCGUCAGCCAGUGAUGGAAUAUCGAGCCUUGAUGCUUGAUCUUGUCAGCACAAUUGUCAGAAUUCUUGGUCAAGGAAUUCACAAGGCGUUUGGCCAUCCGUCGGAUGUUCUGAAUGACAUCUUGAUCAACCCAUCCAUACCGAUGCGUCUGCUGCACUAUGCUCCGCAGGAGAACCCCGACCCCAGACAGUUUGGAGUUGGUGACCAUACGGAUUUUGGCUGUGUUUCCAUCCUCCUCCAGCAGAAGGGAACGAAGGGAUUGGAGGUUUGGUACCCUCCAAAGGAGACCUGGAUCCCAGUGCCAGUGAUUGAAGAUGCAUUCGUGAUCAACAUGGGCGAUACUAUGCACCGUUGGACUGGUGGAUACUAUCGAAGUGCUCGUCACCGUGUUUAUAUAACAGGAGAGCGACGGUACAGUGUUGCAUUCUUCCUGAAUGGAAACCUCAAUCUGAAGAUUAAGCCGCUCGAUGGUUCUGGUGGAGAAGCGUCUGUCGGAGAACAUAUCAACAGCAGACUGGCACAUACCCUUGGUGAUAACGCUAAAUAUUUGAGGUAG